AUGCCCUUCAUCCAAGAAUCCACCGCUCGUGCAGAUGCCACGAGCCAACCAAUUGCCAUUAUCGGCAUUGGCCUAAGAGCACCGGGAGAUGCAUCUGAUCCAGAGAAGUUUUGGCAGAUGCUUCUGGAUGCCCGCUCUGCGCGAUCCGAAAUCCCCAAGGAUCGUUACAACGUUGAUGGUUUCUACCAUCCCGACCCAGAAAGGCUGGGCAGCAUUCAACCUAGGCAAGUUUCUCAAAGCUCAAUUCAAGACUUCAAGGUCUUCGAUGCCCCUUUCUUCUCCGUCACACCAAAAGAAGCCAAGGCUAUGGACCCCACACAUCGCAUGCUGUUGGAAGCUACCUACGAAGGUUUUGAGAACGCUGGGUUAAGACUGGAAGAUGUCUCCGGAACACAAACUUCAUGCUAUAUUGGUACCUUUACUGGCGACUUCCCAAACCUGCAAGCUCGUGAUAACGAGGGACCCUCCAUCUACCACGCUACCGGCCUUUCAUCAUCUUUGGCCUCAAAUAGACUGUCAUGGUUUUACAACCUCAGAGGUCCUUCUAUGACUAUUGACACUGCGUGCUCGUCAAGUUUGACAGCUUUUCACCUCGCUUGCCAAAGCAUUCGCACAGGAGAGGCAGAAAUGAGUGUUGUUGCUGGCGCCAACCUCAUGUUUGGCCCUGACAUGUCCAUCCUCCUGGGUGCCGCCAAGAUUCUGUCGCCCGAGGGCAAGUCCAAGAUGUGGGACGCAAACGCCAACGGCUUUUCUCGCGGAGAGGGCUUUGGAGUUACAAUUUUGAAGCCUCUCGAUGCAGCGCUCCGUGAUGGCGAUACCGUACGUGCCGUCGUGCUGGCCUCGGCGGCCAACGAGGAUGGCAGAACUCCCGGUAUCUCUCUGCCUAACAGCGAAGCCCAACAGGCUCUUAUCCGAACGGCCUACCGCAAUGCGGGUGUUGAUCCGGCGGAGACUGGUUAUGUUGAGGCCCAUGGCACAGGUACCCAGGCUGGUGACCCGUUGGAGGCACGCGCUAUUCUCACAACCAUCGGUGACCAACCCGGACGUAAGUCUGAUUUGUAUGUUGGUUCGGUCAAGACGAACAUUGGCCAUCUGGAGGGUGCUGCCGGUGUCGCUGGUGUAAUUAAAGCCGCUCUCGCCGUCGAGAGAGGCCUCAUUCCCCAGAACCUUUGGUUCGAAGAACUUAACCCUCAAAUUGACCUUCCCGAGAAUGUCAGAAUUCCUCAAACUUUGACGGUUUGGCCACACAGCGGCCCCCGGCGAGCUAGCAUUAACUCCUUCGGCUUUGGAGGAGCAAACGCCCACGUUAUUCUCGAGGAUGCAGCAUCUUACCUAUUCCGCCAUGGUCUUCCUGGACGCCAUGCGACUGUGUCUCGUCCACUUCUCCCCAAGUCAACCGUCUCGGAAGACGGCACGGGUAGCACUGCCAGUGAGACCGAGCCAAUUCCAAAGCUCAUUGUGCUUUCUUCCAACGAUCAGGAGGGCGUCAAGCGCAAUGUGGAGCGUCUGCAGUCCUAUCUGGAGACUAAGACAUCGACCUCAUCCUCUUACAUGAGCGACCUUGCUUACACCAUGUCCUCCAAGAGAACUGCGCUGCCCUGGAAAUCUUUCGCCAUUGCAUCUGACGUUGCUGGUCUCGAAAUUAGCUUGGACUCAAUUCCUGCUGUCGUACGUUCGUCCAACUCAUCAAUCCCGAGAGUUGCAUUCGUCUUCACUGGCCAAGGUGCUCAAUACUUCAAAAUGGGCAAGGAUCUCUCCGCAUACAAGACCUUCAGGGACAGCAUGCUCCGCUCAGAGUCUAUUUUGAAGACUCUUGGUUGCACGUGGAACUUAACUGAAGAACUGGACCGCUCCGAGUCAGAGUGCAACCUGCGCCGCACGGAAUACAGCCAGCCAGCUUGUACUGCACUUCAGGUUGCCCUUGUUGAUUUGAUGAAGUCAUGGGCCGUUCAGCCUUCUGCGGUUGUAGGCCAUUCCAGCGGUGAAAUUGCCGCUGCCUACGCUGCCGGAUAUAUCGAUCACGAAGCCGCCGUUAAGAUUGCAUGGCUCAGAGGCCAAGUUUCCCAGACUGUUUCAAAAAACGGUGGUAUGUUGGCUGUCUCUGCUAGUGCGGACAGCAUCACAGAACAUCUCCAGUCUCUCAAGCUCGGCAAGGCCAUUGUGGGCUGCUUCAACAGUCCCAAGGCAUGCACUGUCUCUGGUGACAGCGCAGCGAUAGAUGAGUUACUGGAGGUUCUCAAGGAAGCGCAGAUCCCCUGCACACGCCUAUCAAUGGACGUCGCCUACCACUCCUUCCACAUGGAAACUGCGAGAGAACAUUACGAAUCUGCCCUGGCGGGUAUUCCUCAUGGAUCUGCCGACAUCCCUAUGUUCUCUUCUGUUACCGGAAAGUUAGUUGAGCCUGAGCAGAUGAACCCCUCUUACUGGGUUGAUAACUUGGUCUCUCCAGUCAACUUUGUCGGUGCGGUCCGGUCGCUUUUGAACCAUACCCUAGGCAAAGUUCGCUCUCAUGACCGAACCGCCUUUGCCAGCGCUUUUGUCGAGCUUGGCCCUCACUCUGCCCUGAGAAGCUACCUCCUCGACACCUUUGCCGUUGAGGACCGCUUUACCGACCUCUCUUAUAUGACCGUUCUCAGACGCAAGUUUAAUGGCGUCAACACUGCUCUGGAAGCUGCAGGUCAACUUUGGACAAAGGGUUGUGUCAUUGACGUCAACCGCGUCAACGAGAUUGGUGACAGCCCUAACAUGCUUGUUGACCUACCACCUUAUGCUUGGAACCACACCCGUACUUUCUGGGAUGAAUCAUACCUCAGCCGUGAGUACAGACUGAGAGAGAAGCCUCGUACUGAUCUGCUUGGUUACCGCAUUCCCGGUACGCCGGAUCCAACUUGGCGCAACUUCCUCCGCUGCAAUGAAAACCCUUGGAUCCGCGAACACAAGGUCCAGGGCGACAUUCUCUAUCCCGGUGCUGGUAUCAUCGUCAUGGCUAUCGAGGCAGCCCGCCAACUUGCUGAAGAGAAUGCGACUGAGGAGGUCUUCGGAUACGAGCUCCGUGAUGUCGCCAUUGACACUGCUCUGAGAGUGCCAGAUACCGAUAAGGGUAUUGAAGUCAUGAUCCAGUUGCACCCUCGCCGCACUGGCACCAAGGCCGGGCCUUCUGCUACUUUGAAUGAGUUCUCUGUCUCUUCUUGGUCGGAGGAGACUAAGGAAUGGACAGCCCAUGCCCGUGGCCUUGUUUCUGUCACAUACAAAUCGUCUCUUUCCCCGGCCAUGCAGCGCGAGCUAGUUCUGGAGAACGAAUCCUACGCAAAGUCAUUUGCCAACGCUAAGGAGCUGUGCCAGAAGCCUGCCAGAAGCUUCCUCUACGACACUGUGGAGACCAUUGGCAUGCAAUAUGGUCCAACUUUCCGUAACAUGACCGAGCUGUUCGCUGGACCGAACUGCAGUUACGGAAUCAUCAGCGUCCCAGACACGAAAGCCGUCAUGCCCAAGGGCUUUGAGUAUCCUUCCGUGGUUCAUCCGGCCACCCUCGACUCCGUCCUCCACUUGCUUUUCCCUUCUAUCAGCGGCGAGGACCAGUCACUUAAUGAGGCCGUCGUUCCAUUCUCUUUUGACCGCAUCUUCGUGUCGGCAAAGCUUCCUUCGGUUCCCGGAACCAAGCUGCACGGAUGCUCCACAGCCCAGAAGACCAGCUAUACCACAUGGAAGUCGUCCAUCACAAUUUCGGAGGACCUUGCUGAGCUCAUGAUAAUUAUGGAUGGCGUUUCGUUGGCUUCUGUCGGAGAGGGUGAAGCACAGCAAGCUCAGGAGACUCGAGCAUCUUGCUUUGGUCAAGCCUGGCACGAGGAUGCCGACCUGCUCGAAUCGUCCCAGAUCAAGGAGCUUGUUUACAAGCGCACAUUGAAGAGCAAGGACGACGACUCCGUCCUUGACAAGCUUGAAUAUGUUUGUCUUGUUUACAUCUACCGUUGCCUUGCUUGGCUCGAGACCGAAGAAGGCAAGGCCCAUGCGCCUCAGGAUGGAUUUUGGAAACUUUACGUCGACUGGAUGCACGACACUAUCAAGCAGUUCCCCCCACUCCCUGAGAACGAGGCUGAGAUUGAGGCUGAAAUGGAAGCCUGUCGCCAGAGAAUUGUUCUCUCCGACAGUGGCGAUAUUACAGUUCAUAUGGUUGAUCGUAUCGGUCAAAACUUGGGCCGCAUCUUCACCCGUGAGGUUGAGCCUUUGCAGGUUAUGACUGAGGGUGACCUCCUAUACACCUUCUACAGAGGCGCUUUCGGUACCAGCUUCAACACCAACGUCGCGGAGUACGUUGGCUUGAUUGCUGACAAGAGCCCUGGAGUCAAAAUCCUGGAGAUUGGUGCUGGUACGGGUGGUACUACCUACCAUGUCCUUGAGCGCCUCCGCAACGCCGACGGUACCUCUAAGGCGGCAAAGUACUGCUUCACUGAUAUUUCCCCCGGUUUCCUUUCCAAGGCUGCUGAUCGUUUCUCUACCGAUGCUUCCAUCAUGGAGUUUACGACUUUGAACAUUGAGAACGAGCCUACCGAGCAGGGAUUCGAGCCCGAGAGCUACGACCUGAUUGUCUGUGCCAACGUCUUGCACGCUACGAAGAGUAUCCAGGAGACUUUGACUCACUGCAAGUCUCUUCUUAAGCCAGGUGGUCGCCUUGUUCUUUCCGAGGUUACCAUUAAGCGCAUCUUCAGUGGCUUCAUCAUGGGUCCCCUGCCUGGAUGGUGGCUGGGCGAGGAUGAUGGCCGCACGGGCGGUCCUCUCCUGGAUGUCGAUGAGUGGAAUGCCGCCCUGAAUCUGGCCGGAUUUUCUGGUGUUGAUGUGGAUAUCCGAGGAGACCGUGAAGCGUCCAAGGAACCCGUCUCGCUCAUCAUCUCGACCAAGCCUGCGAGAGAGGUACCCGGCCCCUCGGAAUUCGUUGUCAUCUCCACUGGUACUGAAAGCUCCGACAAACUCGCCCAAUCCAUUCAGGGGCAAUUCUCUGGUCUUGCCCAUCAGACUUCUAUCGUGCAAUGGAAAGACGUUUCCGAGGCCACCGUCAGUGGCAAGUAUUGCCUCUGCUUGGCAGAGUGGGAGACACCUGUUCUUGCAACACUGAGCGAUGAGAACUGGGAAAAGCUACGCCAAGUUAUCCUGAGCUCUGCUGGUACUCUAUGGAUAACAGGAGGAGCCGCUAUGGAGUGCUCUGAUCCGAUGAAGUCGCUAAUGGUCGGCCUUUCAAGAGCUAUCCGCAAUGAAGACGCCGGCGUCCGCCUUGCCACUCUUGAUAUUGAGACUCCUGGCAACGUUAACUUUGAAAUGGCUGCAAAGAACAUCCUCAAGGUCGCAUCAGGUCAUAUUCGCAGUGACGGUUUUGACGGCGAAUAUGCCGCUCGCGACCGCACCGUCUACGUGCCCCGUGUCGAGCGGACCCUUAACGUCGACAGUUCCCUCCGCAAGUACGAGGCAAAGGGCCAGCCUGAGCUUGUCCCAUUCAAGGCUUGCGGGCGUCCUCUCAAGCUCACAAUCAAGACUCCUGGUCUUCUAGACACUUUCAGGUGGGAAGAGGACGAGACAUAUUACAAGCCUAUGCCCGAGGAUUGGAUUGAGAUCGAGGUCAAGGCCGUUGGCCUCAAUUUCAAGGAUGUUCUUGUUGCACUGGGCAAUCUUGCGGAGAACAAACUCGGUGUCGAUGCCUCUGGUAUUGUUACUCGCGUAGGAUCUGCUGUCACUGACUUUAAGCCUGGCGAUCGCGUCAUGACUGCUUCUUGCGACACUUUUGCUUCUUUCGUUCGAUUCCCUGCCAAGGGAGCCAUUCCUGUACCCGAGGGAAUGAGCUUUGAGGAGGCCGCAUCUAUGCCUCUGAUUUUCCUCACAGCGUACUACUCUCUGGUCACUGCCGGAGCAUUGGUCAAGGGCGAGACGAUCUUGAUCCAUGCCGCCGCUGGAGGUGUUGGUCAAGCCGCAAUUAUGAUCGCCCAGCAGAAGGGAGCAGAGAUUUUCGCUACUGUCGGUUCUGACGAAAAGAAGGAGCUGAUUAUGCAGCAAUACGGCAUCCCUGAGGACCACAUUUUCAGCAGUCGUGACACCAGCUUCGCAAAGGCCAUCAUGCGCGCCACUAACGGGCAGGGUGUUGAUGUUGUGCUCAACUCCCUGGCAGGUGAAGCCCUCCGACUGUCUUGGCACUGCCUUGCCAAGUUUGGUCGUUUCCUUGAGAUUGGUAAGGCCGAUCUCUUCGCUAACACCGGCCUUGAUAUGAAGCCGUUCCUUGACAACAAGAGCUACAUUGGUGUCAAUCUCCUUGACUUCGAAAACAACCCCACGCCUCGCGCCGUCGCUCUCUGGGAGGACACUGCCAAGCUUAUCCAUAAUGGCUCGGUCAAACCUAUUGCACCUAUUCAGCUUUUCAGCAUGUCUGAGGUUGAGAAGGCCUUCCGCCACAUGCAGGCUGGUAAGCACAUGGGCAAGGUUGUCGUGCGGGUUGACGACGCGGACAUGGUUCCUGCCGUGCCGCGCAUGCCCCGUGUCGACAUCCAACCUGAUGCGACUUACGUAGUUGCCGGUGUUGGAGGAAUCUGCAAAGAGAUUGGUCGCUGGCUGGCCGAGAAGGGCGCAAAGCAUCUAGUCUUGUUGUCGCGCUCUGCUGCCAGUGGCGAGGAAAACAAAGCCUUUGCAGGCGAGCUGCAGAGCACCUACAAUGUCAACACCUACGCCUACGACUGUGACGUUGGUAACAAAGCUGCUCUUCAAAAUGUCUUGGACAACUUGAGGUCCAAGAACGUACCCGAGGUUAAAGGAUGCGUCACCGGAGCCAUGGUUCUUCGGGACACUCUCUUUGAUAAAAUGACGGCUGACCACGUCCGAAUCACUGUUGGCCCCAAGGUACACGGAACCUGGAACCUCCACGAACUUUUGCCUAAGGAUCUCGACUUUUUCGUCAUGCUCAGUUCCCUGGCAGGAGUAAUGGGCCACCGUGGACAGGGCAACUACGGCUGCGGCAACAUCUUCCAGGACUACUUCGCCUCCUACCGCCGCAGCCAGGGCCUGCGUGCCAUGACCAUUGAUAUUGGCUACCUUCUCAGUGUAGGUUUUGUUGCCGAACACGAUGAGUACGUUGACCACGUCAAGGCAAUGGGCCUGAAGGUCAUGCACAAGAGCGACCUGCACGGCCUCAUGGCUACUGCCCUUGAGGGUACCGAUGCCCAUCCGCCACAGGUCAUGUGCGGUCUUCCGUACAAUGAGCACGAUGACGCCUGGUACUGGAUUCAAGAUCAGCGUUUCGCUGGUCUGCGGAAGACAGCUGCUGGAUCUCAAGCCGGCGGCUCGGCUUCAGUCUCUCUUCGCGACGAGCUGGUCCGUUGCGGAAAGGCGGACGAUGAGGCUGUUCACCUGAUUACCUCUGCUCUAGUGCAGCGUCUAGCAAAGCUGAUGAUGAUGCCUGAAGAUGAUGUUGACGCAGGCAAGCCAUUGAGUGCUUACGGUGUUGACAGUUUGGUGGCUGUUGAGGUGCGCAAUUGGAUUGCAAAGGAGGUUGCGGUCGAGGUCAGUGUGUUUGAUAUCAUGGCGACUAUUCCCAUGAGACAACUUGCUGCCGAUUUGGCAGGUAAGAGCAAACUGUUGGUUCAGGAAGCGGCAUGA